AUGCAGAGGGCUGUGAACAAAGAACCUUUUGACUACGGUGUCCUCUCUCCUCUGUCCUCUGUCCUUGUCUCCUCUGUCCUCGUCUCCUCUGUCCUCGUCUCCUCUGUCCUCUCUCCUCUGUCCUCGUCUCCUCUGUCCUCGUCUCCUCUGUCCUCGUCUCCUCUGUGUUCUCUCCUCUGUGCUCUCUCCUCUGUCCUCGUCUCCUCUGUCCUCGUCUCCUCUCUCCUUGUCUCCUCUGUCCUCGUCUCCUCUGUGCUCUCUCCUCUGUCCUCGUCUCCUCUGUCCUCGUCUCCUCUGUCCUCGUCUCCUCUGUCAUUGUUACUGUGA